CCCCUUCCAUCGUAUCCCCUGUCCUGUCCUGUCGCGCCUUGGCCCUACAUUGGCUUUACCGCUCCUUUUCUGCCCCGUCUAUGCCGUAUACAGACUUCAAGACACGAUCGGAAAAUGAAGCCACCCGCCGCCGCUGCAGCCGGCGAUCAAGAGGAGGCCUUGUCCCUUAAGAGCCGCGAAACCCCUCCACCACGUGACAACACAAGCUUCCUGGCACCCAUCGAUCGCGAAAACGACUGUGACAGGAGGAGGCCCGAAGAAAAACAUCACCCACGGCUGCCAGCCCUCUCUAAUAUGUCAAACCAAAUAAUCGGCAAGACGGUCAGCCCGUUCCUGAAAGAGCACAUCCCGGGCCUGUACGCGCCCAUCGCCAAGUCCGACAGCGCGACGCAGAUAAAGGACAAAGCCAACAGCAAAUUCUGCUACCGGCACCGCCCGGACCUCAAAUGUCGGCGGGCUGCCGACGAGACCAAGAUGGUAUCGAUACAGCGCUCUCUAGAGAGGUUACCAACGGACGACCAGCAGGCCAUAACGCACGUUUGGUCGCUGUUUUCAGCGGCGCCCGCCAAGCAUAGGGAUCUGAUGCUGCAAGGCAUCAUUACGCAGUGCUGCUUCCCGCAGCUUUCGACGGUGUCUAGAGAGGUCCACGAGCAGCUCAAGAUAGACCUUGUUACUGCGCUUCCAGCUGAGAUCUCGUUCAAGAUUCUCUGCUAUUUGGAUACCGUGUCAUUAUGCAAAGCCGCCCAGGUUAGUCGGCAGUGGAGGCAACUGGCCGAUGAUGAUCUGGUGUGGCAUCGGAUGUGUGAACAACAUAUCGAUCGAAAAUGCACCAAAUGCGGCUGGGGUCUGCCAUUAUUAGAACGAAAACGAUUACGCGACUGGACAAGACAGCAACAGCUCGCAAAGAGCAAACGACAACAACCACGAGACCCAGAUGCUCCACCACCUAGCCUCCCUGCACCCUUAUCCCUGCGGUCACCUACACCACCGAAGCGGGAGCACGAAGCGGAUGAAGAUGGUAGCUCCAAGCGAUUAUGCACAAGCCGGGUAGGGAACGGUGCGUCAGAGGAGCCGGAGCAACCAAAGUUCAGGCCGUUCAAAGAUGUCUACCGCGACAGGUUCCGUAUAGGAUACAACUGGCGGCACGGCAAGUGCGCUAUCAAGAUCCUCAAGGGCCACAGCAAUGGCGUCACAUGUUUGCAGCUGCUUGACAACAUAUUAGCGACAGGUUCUUACGAUGCUACCAUCAAGCUGUGGGACAUCGAGACGGGCGAGGUCAUAAGGACGCUGCGUGGCCAUAGGAUGGGAAUUCGGAGCCUCUGGUUUGAUGACAGCAAGCUUAUCAGUGGGAGCCUGGACCAAACUGUCAAGAUAUGGAACUGGCACACCGGCGAGCUCCUGAGCAGUUUACACUGCCACACGGACGGUGUCAUCACCGUGCACUCGGAUGGCGAGUUUUUAGCCAGUGGGUCCAUCGAUAAACGGGUCAAAAUUUUCAACUUUGUCACAAAGGAGACCUUCUGUCUCAAGGGCCAUGCGGACUGGGUCAACUCCGUGCGGGUGGACACCGAGUCCAGAACCGUCUUCUCGGCCAGCGAUGAUUUCAAGGUCAAGCUGUGGGACCUCGACACGAGGCAGUGCAUCCGCACCUUUGACAGCCAUACGGGCCACGUGCAGCAGGUGCUGCCGAUGCCGCCAGACUUUGAGCCCGACGAGGAGCUCCUCCAGGAACCACCCGCACCGGGCUCUCCGCCGUCGAACUCGCAGUCUUCGUCCUCCGUCUCCGGCGCGGCCACCGACGACGUUGGCCUGCGGGCCCUGUACGGCCCUUCCUUCGUCGCCGACCCGCAGCGGCCGCUGCCGAGCCGCUACAUGCUCUCUGGCGGACUGGACAGCACCAUCCGGCUGAUCGACACGGCGACGGGCCGGUGCCUCAAGACCUUUUUUGGGCACUUUGAGGGCAUCUGGGGCCUCGCAGGCGACACGCUGCGGGCGGUCACGGCCGCCAACGACGGCAUGGUCAAGGUCUGGGAGCCGACUUCGGGCCGGUGCGAAAGGACUUUUACGGGCCACAGAGGCCCCGUGUCCUGCGUAGGCCUCAGUGACUCGCGCAUGGCUAGCGGUGGGGAGGACGGCGAGGUCAGGAUUUAUAGUUUCGGGUGCGGCGAGGAGGCGUUGGAGGUGGUGGGCACGCCGAGCUGA